GUUACCACGUUGCUAAGCUAUGUAACGUAUCUUAACAACCAGGGAACCACACAGGCUCCUUGGAGUAAGAGCGUGAGAAACUGGAUGAAGACAGCUGUAUUCUUUUGGAAGCGUUUGAGAUUGGUCUGUCUCUACCAACUAAAAACUUCUAGCUUAAGUGCAGAGAUUUAAGGAGAUCAACAAAAAUUCAGUCUAGACGUAGUAUGAGGCUGGGAGGGUAUCCACAGACUUGAGUUCUUGUCAGCAAGAUCGCCUGCUUUUAAUAUUGUCCUCAGGGUCUGAGCACAUCUGGAAGUGAGGUCAAUCAAGUUAGACUCCAAAAACUUUUGUGACAGCAGUGAAGAGGGGAAAAUAAACACGCCACAAAUAUGAACCUCAACCCCCCGACAUCUGCUCUUCAGAUCGAGGGCAAAGGCAGCCAUAUUAUGGCUAGAAAUGUAAACUGCUUUCUAGUCAGGCACACCCCUCAUCCCAGAAGAGUCUGCCACAUCAAAGGCUUGAAUAACAUUCCAAUCUGUACUGUGAAUGAUGAUGAGAAUGCUUUUGGAACAUUGUGGGGAGUUGGCCAGUCUAACCACUUAGAGAAGAACAGGAUACCAUUUGCCAAGUGCAGUUACCCACCCAGCACUGCAGUCCAGGAGAGCCCUGUAAGAGGAGUGUCGCCAGCCCUAAACAGUGCCAAAGUGCCUCCACGGCCUCAUUCUGAGCCCAGUAGAAAAAUUAAAGAGUGCUUCAAAACUUCCAGUGAGAAUCCCUUAGUAAUUAAAAAGGAAGAAAUUAAUGCCAAAAGAUCACCAUCACCUCCAAAGGCAUGCUCUACUCCUGGCUCCUGUUCUUCAGGGAUGAUGAGUACCAAGAAUGAUGUGAAAGCAAACACCAUUUGCAUACCAAACUAUCUGGAUCAGGAAAUAAAAAUCCUGGCAAAGCUCUGUGGCAUUUUGCAUACUGAUUCUCUGGCAGAAGUUUUACAGUGGCUGCUUCAUGCAACUUCAAAAGAAAAAGAGUGGGUCUCAGCUUUGAUUCAUUCUGAGCUUGCCGAGAUAAACCUGUUGACUCAUCACAGCAGAAACACCUCAAUGGAACCAGCAGCAGAGAGUGGGAAACCACCCACAGUUAAAUCACCACCCACAGUUAAAUUGCCCCCAAAUUUUACCGCAAAAUCAAAAGUGCUGACCAGAGAUACAGAAGGGCAUCAACCAACCAGAGUGUCAAGUCAAGGAUCUGAAGAAAACAAGGAAGUACCAAAAGAGGCUGAGCACAAGCCUCCACUACUUAUAAGAAGAAAUAAUAUGAAAAUACCUGUUGCAGAAUAUUUCAGCCAACCAAAGUCUCCUCCCAGGCCUAACACUCAGGAGAGUAGAUCAGCAAAACCAGUGUCAGCAAGGAGUAUACAAGAAUACAACCUCUGUCCCCAAAGAGCAUGUUAUCCUUCAACACACCAGAGGCAGAAGUUCUAGACUGGGUGAAUUCUUUCAUGAAUAUGAGCUUCACAUUUACAUAAUCGAAUUAUUUUUCAAAUGAAUAUUUUUGGUAUAGAGGAAUCAAGUGGUCCUCUUUAUGGUGGCGCAUGUAAAUCUAAAAAUACCUGUAUGUAAUGCUACAAAUAAAUAUUACUGGAAAUGAUAUUUCCAUUUGUAGUUA